CAAAAACAGUAAAUGUAUGCUCGGUGGUAUUAGGAAAGCAACGAAGAGUGAGACGUCUCUGUAUUUCUUCUUCCGGUUCUUCAUUUUUCUUUUAAAAACGACUUCAUGUAAAACUAUGUUGACUAAUUUAAUCGAUGUGGUUAUUACAUUAUAUGUUCAGAUUCUGCCAAGCCGCAUGUUACAUAACGUCCCUAAUUUGUUUCUUUCUUACGUUUAGACAUGUCGUUGUCGCAUUCUUCACACGUCAUCACCAAAGACCUUCCUUGUCCCUCGUGCCAUAACAUGAUCGUCGUGAGUUGACACUGACGCAGAAGCGGCUGAAUAGAUAGUUUGGUCGUCGAGAAAUUGGUCGUUGAAGCCAUGCCUCGCUACGAACUGGCUCUGAUUCUGAAGGCGAUGCAGCGACCGGAGACGGCGGCUGCUCUGCGACGGACAGUGGAGACGCUGAUGGAGCGGGGUGCAGUGGUGAGAGAACUGGAGAACCUGGGAGAGAGACUGUUACCUUACAAAAUCACCAAACACUGCGAGAGGCACAAACGAGGGACUUACGUUCUGGUGGAUUUCUACGCAGCCCCCGACGUCCUGCCAGGCUUACUGAACCACCUGCACCGUGACGUGGACGUGGUGAGGCCUACUGUGCUGAAGAAGGACACCCAGACUCCUAGCCAAUGCUGUGGCCCCCAACUGUGACUGAAUCUCGGUCUUUCAAACAUAGAUGAGACAAAUGACAGAUGACCUGCAGCAAAAUCCAUCUCUGAAAUACUCCAAUAAUACAGCCACAUGAAGAUAACGAUUUCCCUCCAGCACAGGUUUCUGCGACUUGUAUCCAGAUGAUGUUCAGUGAGAGGCCUCCUUCCAUCUUUCACAUUUUUCGUUGCGGAUUAUAUGCAUUUUGACAUUAUGUUAUAAUAAACUACUACUUUCUAUCAAGAUGCAAGUUAUUUUAGAAUAAUAGUUAGUAUUGGUUUCAUGAUCAUUUGAAUUUCAUUAGCAACUAAUGGUCAAAGUUUCAGUUCAGAUUAUUACUGAAUAUUGCAUUUUAUAUACCACAUAAAUUGGAUCAAAACCCUUCUGUCAGAAGUAUUGUGGUAUGAAUUUCAUUUUGAGUUGUUGGAAGUGUAAGGUUUUACAGUUAUGAAAACAGUUUUAGGUUACUCAAAAGCCACAAGACAGUGGCAUUGAGCUUCCCAGUUUGGGUUAAAUUGCAUGCCUUUUAUGAGGCUAUCAGGUUAUUCAAGGACUUUCUCAGGCUUGUGGAUGGUGUGACUGGACUAUCUUUUUUUAUUUAGACUCAAGGCAUGGGUGCUUUUGAAAAACGGUGGGGUCUUUUGCAUGGAAAAUAUUGACAGUCUGGUUUAAAAGCUUUUAUUGAAACAUGGCUUCUUACAGGGCGAAACACACACACCAACCAGGCCUAUUGAGUUGUUUCAGUUGACAUUUGUAAACUGGUGUGCACAGGCAUUUGGAAGGGCAUGGGUGAAAUUAUUAUAUAAUAUUAUAAUAAUAUUAUAUCAGCAAUUGACACUGACGCAUAAAUGGAAAGGUAUAUAGUUCAUAAAAAGGUGUAUAUAUAAAAGGUGUAUGCAAAAUGAAAAAAAACAUUAAAAAGGUACUUCUUAUUACUUGAUAUUGAGUGGCGGGACACAUGAAGUAGGGAACUCCAUAACAGCACCCUUUUUGAUUUGAAGGGCACCCAUAGGAAAUGAAGUUACAAGGGCAUCUUUUAGGGCACUGCAUCACUUUUCUCCACUAGAAAGAAAGGCACUCUUCAUGUUGUCACCACUUUACACACUUCAGUGUGUGUCUUGUCACUCGAGAGGACUUUAUCACACAGCGUUUGUGUCCAUUACACCACUGUUUGUAAAGUUUCACCUGUACCCAGAGGUGUAGAGAGAACUGAAAUAUUAUACUCAUGUAAAAGUACCACUAUUUUUAAAAACAUUUUACUUAAGUGCAAGUAAAAGUACUAGUCUAAAAAUGUACCCAAGUUAAAGUAUAAAAGUAGCUUGUUUAAAUUUGCCCAAGUAAAAGUUACUUUAUUUAUUUAUUUUAUUGUAAAGCACUUUUUGAUUUUAUAUCUGUGAAAGUGAGAAACUUUUUAACAAGGUUGGGGCACACAAAAAACCCUACUAAAUGUAAUUCAUUACUUUCCACCUCAGCAUGUGCCAUACUUGAACAAAUAGCCAAUAAUCAUUUCAGUCAGAUUUAUAGAAACUUAUGACAAUCUCAAUGUCUUUCAAAUGAGUUUACAUUUAGAAAGUGUGAAGUGUUCAGCCACCACUAUAUGAAACUUUGAAAUUAAAAUUAAAAUGUGUUGCCUCGUGCAAAACACCAUAUUAAACAUGCUCAGUAAUUAGAUACCUGUGUGUUUUUGAAACUAUACUGUUACUUGAAAGUAUAAUUCUGUCUUUGAUCAAUGCCAGAAGGGAGGCAGAGUCACAUGUCUGGCUGAGCAGUCAGCUGACAGUGAGACACCACUUAAAGGCAUCAACAAGGUCUAGCGGCUGCAUUGCAGAACUAUCUACUCCUCAGUUAGCUCACAAGUAUCCAGCGAGGAACACAAACAACUGAUACCAGCCGGAAAACAGCACCGUCAUGCUGCUUUUAACCCUACUUUUCGUGUCGUCAGCUGUAGCGACCCCUCUGCUUGGCACAGAGCAGUGUGCUCGUGGCCCCCUCUACUGGUGUCAGAAUGUGAAGACGGCAUCCCUGUGUGGAGCUGUGACUCACUGUAGUCAGAAUGUGUGGAGCAAGCCUCAGAUG